GCUGAAACGUUCGGCGCACACGCGUACACGUGCUCGUCCAGUGCUCGACCCGGUGGCGCGCCCGUUGCAUCCGUGUCGCCCGCUCGUCUCGUCUCGUCCGUGCCGAUUAGCGAAACGCGCGGUCCGACAGAUCGUCCGAACGGCGUCAACGGUCGCACCAGAUCCCCGUCGGUCCGAACCGCGACCACGGUCGCGUCCAGACCCUCCGUUCGCCGACAGUCGAGCCCGAUACGGCCCGAACUGACCUACGCGGUUCCGACCCACGUUCGCCAACGACCGUCGUAGACGUCCGCGCCGUACUACCGGAAACAAUCGCGUCCGCGUAUCCCGCGCAACCGACCUGAGGUGACCACGCCAUGUGCGUCGGCCCGUCGUCCGGGACCUCAACCUCCUCCACCGCCUCCGUCAGCAACGACACACACGCGACCGGUUCGGCGGGACCCGCAGCGGCCGUCUAGUGCAUCGCGGUCGGGCGACCGGAACGAGGGACGCAGCGGAUCGGCGAUGUUCGAAGGCACGCAGCGGCGCCAUCACCGUCGGACGGACGGAAGGGUCGUGCGGUUUGCCGUCGCGUUCGUGGCCAUAACCGCGUUUUACGGACGUUUUACUAGAGUGAUCGGUUUCGAGCCAGAUUUCUUGUUCCCGUUGGAAAACGUGACUAUUGCCCAAGGCCGUGACGCGAUAUUCACGUGCGUGGUCAACAAUAUCGGUGGUAACAGGGUGAGUGCUCCUCCCGAAGGCGACUUCACACCAGCCAGGGUGGCUUGGAUCAAAGCUGAUACAAAAGCUAUAUUAGCAAUUCACGAACAUGUUAUCACAAACAACGAAAGGCUAUCUGUCACUCACAAUGAUUAUAACACAUGGACAUUAAAUGUCAGAACAGUAAGGAGAGAAGAUAGAGGUACAUAUAUGUGCCAAGUCAAUACGGAUCCAAUGAAGAGCCAAAGUGCUUUUCUUGAAGUUGUUAUACCUCCUGACAUUGUAUACGAAGAAACAUCAGGAGAUAUGAUGAUCCCUGAAGGCGGUUCGGCUAAGUUGGUGUGUAAAGCUCGAGGGUAUCCUGAGCCAAAAAUAUUAUGGAAAAGAGAAGAUGGUGGAGACAUAAUUGUUAGAACUGGAAAUGCAAUAAAAACUAAAAUGACUUCAGUCGAAGGCGAAUCUUUACUCUUAUCAAAAGUAACAAGAUCAGAAAUGGGAGCAUAUCUUUGCAUUGCAGCCAAUGGUGUACCGCCAUCAGUCAGCAAAAGACUUAUGCUUCACGUUCAUUUUCAUCCUUUGGUGCAAGUACCAAAUCAACUAGUUGGAGCUCCUCAGAAAACAGAUAUCACUCUUCAAUGUUACGUAGAAGCGUCACCAAAAUCAAUUAAUUAUUGGACUAGAGAAUCUGGAGAGAUGAUAAUUUCAAAUGACAAAUACAAUAUGACAGAACUAACAGUUUCAUAUUACAGUGCUCAAAUGAAACUAACAAUUAGAAAACUUAAAAAGUCAGACUUGGGAGGAUACAAAUGCAUAUCGAAAAAUUCAAUUGGAGAAGCCGAAGGAAAUAUUAGAGUUUAUGAAAUGAACUUAACCAAACCUAGAACACUCAGUGAGGACGAAGAAGACAAUGCUAUAAACACGUUUAAUUCUGAAGAGGAUGAUUAUGAAAACAGAAACACAGGACGCAAUUCAUCAAGCAACGCACCAUCCUUCAAAGACCAAUCUCACCGUUUACAUAGGUCGUCUUCAAACAUGAUUCGUUGUAUCUACUUAGUUUUGUUAAUGCCAGUGUUAACUCUGAUAAAAAAUUGAACUGUUGUUAUAUUCGGAUUUAAGUAAACAAAUCUUGGGGUUGAACAA